GAAUCACCAAUUCAGUCAAUUUUCUCAAACGAAAGAAGAUUUUUUUUUAUUUUUAUUUUUUCAAAGAAACUGCCUCAUGUUCACAGUUGUUAUGCUACAGCUGUCGAUGGUCUCUCUCUCCUUUGAAACCCCUUCUCAGUUCUGUAGCAACUGAAACAAGUAGAUCCAACUCUGCCACACCCAUCCGUUGCUCGUUGUCCACACCAACAUUCGCAAGACAAAGAUUAAAUUCUGAUUCCACAACAUCAACACUAUGAGCGUCAUCGACAUUCUAACCAGAGUCGAUUCCAUUUGCAAGAAGUAUGACAAAUAUGACGUCGAUAAGCACAAGGAUCCCAAUGUCUCCGGCGACGAUGCCUUUGCCAGACUCUACGCCGUCGUUGAUGCCGACAUCGAGGCCUUGCUUCAGAAAGCAGAAACCGCUUCUAAGGAGAAAGGUAAGGCAUCUGCUGUAGCGAUCAAUGCGGAGAUUCGUCGUACAAAGGCUCGGUUGCUCGAGGAGGUUCCCAAGUUGCAGAGAUUGGCUGUGAAAAAGGUAAAGGGGCUUUCAUCGCAAGAAUUUGCUGCCCGUAAUGACUUGGUUCUUGCAUUGCCGGAUAGAAUCCAAGCUAUCCCAGAUGGGACUCCUGCUGGUCCAAAACAAACUGGAGGCUGGGCUGCUUCUGCCUCACGUCCUGAAAUUAAGUUUGAUUCAGAUGGGCGAUUUGAUGAUGAAUACUUCCAACAAACUGAGCAAUCGAGUCAAUUUAGGCAGGAAUAUGAAAUGCGUAGAAUGAAACAGGAUCAAGGUUUGGAUAUGAUUGCUGAAGGAUUGGAUACCUUGAAAAACAUGGCAAGUGAUAUGAAUGAGGAACUGGAUAGACAAGUUCCACUGAUGGAUGAGAUUGACACUAAGGUGGACAAGGCAUCUUCUGACCUUAAGAAUACAAAUGUUAGACUUAAAGACACAGUGAACCAGCUUCGAUCCAGUAGAAACUUUUGUAUCGAUAUUGUUUUGUUGAUUAUAAUUUUGGGAAUUGCCGCUUACUUAUACAAUGUGCUUAAGAAGUGACAUGUACACAAGGCUGAUGGAUGUUCGAAUGGUUUGCCUGCAUUUCUUGUAUUUUGAGAAUAUCGUGUCUGAUUUUAUUUUUUUAUUUCUACCAAUGUGAAAAUUUCUUGCCUCUUGAGAGAUACACGCUUGUACUUUAUAAACAGUUGUGUGUAUGCAGUUAUGUUACAUACCAUUAGUAUGUUAAAUAGUUGGUGCUUGUUUUGUGUACUUGUUGAAGGUAUAUUAUAUGUUGACAUUGAUGAAUUAGGAAGGUUGCUUUAACUGACGUGUCAUUCUAGUUGUAGAUUUAGUUGUUUUGAAAUCCUUCGUUCCUUUAAUAAUGUUAAAUGAUUACAUGCACACACCAUGUGUUUAUUCGAAUUUAGUGCCAU